AUGCCGUUCGGAAGGGGAGGUUGCAGCAGACUCGGACAAGAUGUCUCAGACCUUGAUGUGAAAAUGGCGAUUCUGAUUGGCUCGCAAAGGUCUAGGCAAGAACAGCGGACCCGACGAGGCGGAGGACUGGAUGGAAAACCGCAAGCCAAAACGGCGCGGAUGCACGCACUUGUUCAAAGCGGAGAGCCAAAUUUUGGACAGGAGUUGCGGCCCAAACAGGGACCUGAAACUGGGGUCGAGUUUCGACGAGCAUCUUCUGUCGACGUUACGUACAGUUGCAAGCAGGCAUCAACGGCUAGCGUUGCCCUUGACCACUAG